AUUUCGAGCCUUCGUUAAAGUUUGCAGAGCUGAAUGAAAAUGUAAUCUCAGGUAAUUUUCUUUGUACUUGAAUUAAUUAUAUUUUUUAAAACUCCUUUAAUAUACGAAUGACGAAAGGGAAGGUACGCUUUAACUUUUAAAUGCAUUUACGCGACGUUGCACUUGUUAUCGGUUCAUUUUGUUUGGAAAGACGUGAGAGUGAGAGUGAGACACUUGCAUUAAGUUGCAUUUUCAUUUCAUUUGCCAUUUGCAUUAGAGUCUAGUUGUAUUUCAGUAUUUCAGCAGAUUUCUUAAAUUUAGUUUCAACUAAUACUGUAUUUCAAGCUCAUCACACUUAACUUAUUCUCAAGUCUUAGGCCUACUCUCCUUAGGCUUAGGCUCUGGUCUUUGUGAUUAGGGCCCUCAUAUGAAUAUGUAAGUGUAAGGCUAAGUCAUUGGCCUACUUUUUCCCAUGCCCAUAGCCGUAGUACUACUACUUCUACCACUACUAAUAAUAAAUUCUUCAUAGUCACAGACAGACUCACAUUCACAGCACACACACAUUUGCAUACAUGUCAUACAUCAGGACAAAGGUCUGUAAAAUUGAAGCAGGAGGUCCACAACAGACGUAGUACCCCUGUUAUGUACUACAUUUUUUAUAUGGCCGCCAUCUUUGUUGCAAGACAGCAGACACAUCAAGAAAAGUAGGUCACAACACUGUGGAAAAAAAGAUGAAAAUUUAAGAGCAUGUUUUUAAAAAUUAGCAAUACGUUUGGCGCAAGGCGAAUGUAUCAACUUUACCCUUUAGGUAAAUGGUCACUGAAAAUGCCACUAUUUUUAUCCGUGGCCGCCAUCUUAGUUGACACAUCACUUGAAGUCAUCUAUCCCUAUGCCUAACCUGAAACCUAAAUCGAUCCCUAUGCCUAACCUGAAACCCUAAAUCGAUCCCUCUGCCUAACCUGAACCCUAAAUCGAUCCCUAUGUCUAACCUGAACCCUAAAUCGAUCCCUAAAAUAAUUUAGUAAAAAUAAACAAAGGGAAGUCACUCCCUGGAAAAUAAGUCCAGGCAUCUCGAAUGAUCAUUAGCCCAACUGGUAUUGUAUCACUCUAGAUACAUUGCAAAAAGUUUCAAGCACCUUCAGUCUCCCAAUUUCCUGAUACUGACGUAAUUGUAGCAGGUACAUUAAUUUAUGAGCGAAUGUGCUGUAGCAACUUUAUUGUAUCCCUCUAGAUAUGCAGCAAGAAGUAUCAACGACCUGUUGGUCGAUUCCUUCCCUCGAGUAUCACUAAAUCUUGGCAUUCCACCACGUGUGCUAACUAAAUACUAUGGUGACAAUUGACAAGCGUAAAAAUGAAGAAAAAGAUAAAAUUAAUUGCGAAAAUCCAUUUAUCAAGAUGACCCAACUUCUGCAACAAUCACUCUCGUAUUUUACCUCUCCUUUCAAGUUUAAUUAAAAAUUAUGACGAUGACGCAACAAUCUGUGUAUACUUUUGUAAAAAAAGGCAAUUCACUCGUACAAAGAAAUGUGUCAUGGCCCUCCUGUUCCAAAUUAGCACAGGGGUCCUCAAACUAUUGCCCAUGGGCCAGAUCUGGUCCGCCAGGGGUCCUUAACGUGGCCCACCUCACCGAUACCCAGGUAGCUGUGACAAGUAUGGAGCUCGACUUUGACCAUCUAUUUGUCUAAAAGAAGUCCCAUACUUCCCAUUAAAAUAAUGAUAACUUUAUGUUGAUUAAAAUAAUUUUUAGUUUUUUCCUGUUUUUGCACUAAAAGUAAGAUAUGCACAGCGUGAAUAGGAAUUCUUUAAAAUAUUUUUUUUUUUAAACUGUUGUCAGGAACCCAACAGUGUCUGAGAGAAAGUUAACCGACCUCUAAGUAAAGUGUGAGGACCUUUGUGAUACAUCAUUUAAUCAUUAUGUCUGAAUAAACUGAAUUCAUAAUCUGAAUAAGCUUGAAUAGGCCCUAUUGCUCUAUUGAGCCCUCAUUUAUCCCCAAGAUUUUAAUUUUUUUAAAUUGGGGUAAUUUAACCUGGUUAGCAGAGCCCCUGGCAUAAUAUAUUGCCAUAGGUUUUACAAACUAGUAUAUGCCUGACUACAUAGUAUUUACUAUUAAUUAUUAAUUUAGACUAGACACUACUCAGUGGCUGUAGGUCCAUUCAAGCUACCUGACUAAGCCCUUUUCUUUAUUUAAGUGCAAUAAUUUUCACAUCUAUUUAUUUUGUUUUUAGGUAUGGGAAUAGACCUCAACUCUGUAGUAAAUCCAUCCCUGUGGCGCUACAUCCCAUGUAGGGCUUUGGCCUGCCUCACCACUUCCUUCCACUCAGACCUAACUGAUGCUUUUCUUUUCCAUGCUUGGAUUCGCAGCUGCUGUUGAUCUUUUUCCACAUCAUUCGUCCAUCUAAGCCUAGGUCUGCCUUUAAUCCGUUUACCUCUGGGGUUUUUUUGGUGCACCCUUUUCACACCUCUGCGAUCCGGCAUUCUCUCUAAGUGUCUAGCCCAGCAUAGCCCACCCUUUUUUAUUUCUGCUACUAGCGUGGCAUCCUGAUAUAGACUGUAUAAGUCAUGGUUGGUUCUUAUUCUCCCUCCAUAUUCAUCCUUUGUUGGUCCAUAUAUUUUCUGGCAACUCUGUAGUACUGUGUACUUUAUGCUAUAUUUUAGGCUUUUUCAGUGUCAUUCAAUUAGCCAUUUUAAAGAUCUUUUUUUUAAUAUUUUAAACAUUAUAUAAUAUAAUGACUUUAACCAAAACAACUUUAUGUUAUAUAUAGCAUGCUCCAAUGGUGGAUAUGGUGGCAAUCAUGGUUUGUAAAAUUGUGACAAAAAUUUAAAAAGCUUGAAUUUAAAAAAGGACCCAUUUGAGCCCCGUGAACCCCAAAUCAUUCUUGGGAUCUGCAGAGUCGCGUAGUAUAUUUUUUCUAAGUAUUACCACUAAUCUGUAAUUAUAUGAAGUUUACUGAUUGGAUCAACCGGGGAAAUUCCCAGAAGAUCAAAGGAACAAAGGAUAGAUCCACAAGUAACAUUUUGAUCUAAUUUUUAACUUAUUUUCAGGUAAUUACAAACAUGAGUGCUGGUAGGCCAACCAGUGCCCAUGUUAGUCGCAAGGGAAGGAAAAAAAAUCCUAAAAAAGAAGAUGAAUCGAAUCGCACUUUUAGUUUAGAUGGCAUACCAAGUAUUAUGUACUGGAGUCACAGUGACAGUUAUUGUGGCACUGUUCCCUUCUUGAUGGAUCUUGCAAGGAAUGAACAUGAUACCGGUCAUUCUGACAUGGUAAUGGACACAAGUGAAUCGGACAGAGUUUUCCAGUUUCAGCUUCUUCCAGAUUUAUGCAAACUCAAAAUUUGGGGUUUGCUUAAGUCGUGUGAUCUAGGACGUUGCAUGCUUGUAUGUUUAAACUGGCACAGUGUGCUUCAAAAUCCUCAUUUUUGGAGUGUGAUAAAAUUUAGUGAACUGCCUGGCUCUUGCUUGCCACGUGAUAGAAAUGGGCCGAUUCAUACUGAUCCAGUUUGCCAUCAUUGCUUCCGCAAAAGAGUUCUUGCUUUCACUCAGUUUCUAUCAAAAAUACACCCUGUUGUGAAAGAAUUUCAGUUCUGUCUCGAUAUAAGCCACCCAACAGACCAGUUCAACUUAGCAAUUGAGCAGUUUUUGGCAACAGCAGAACUGAGCUCACUUACUUGUGCUGACAUGAACUGGAAAGAGAGCCCAUCCAGGACACUAUUAAGAAUAACAAAUGAAACUUCCCAAGAUCAGGAAUGGAUAUAUAGAUAUCGCAAACGCCAGCGAAUGUUUUCCCGGAUUUUUGAAACAUUUGUAUGUAUUGCAUCGCAACUAACCACAUUAAUUAUGCCUUUUGACUGGACGGAACAUAAUGUUGAAAAUCUGUGCAAUUUGAAGAAACUGAAAAACUUAGUGCUGGAGAGGUAUGGGAGUUUAAACCAUGUUUUUACUCAAGAAUUACUGAAUCAAUUGAUGAGGAGUCUGGUCAACUUGAAGAAGCUACUACUGGAGGUAAAGAAGAAACUAAGCAUAAAUCUAGUUCGUCAUUUAAAAAAAACUAUAUUUGUCAAUUUAAAAUGCAACUUAAAUUGAAAUUUAUUUUUUUAAUUACUUAUAAAGCAGUUAAUAUUUAUUUUUGAAUGUUAAUUGCCUUGCUAAUUCUCUUUUUAAAUGCAUUUAAACAAAAUUAUUUACUUUAAAAUAAAAAUGCUAUAAAUCAUGUGUUGUCAUUUUUUUCAGGUGUGGAUCCCAAACCAGAUAAUGGGAGUAUACUGCAUUGAGUCGACAUCUUUGUUUUUUUUAGAUGUUUCUCAAUGUCGUGGCUUUUACCUAAAUAGACUGAAUACCCCCAAUCUGUUACAGUUGCGAUUAGCAACGAAUUCUUUGCAGAGGAAUUAUUUCCAGCGACAGUCACCACAAUUGCCUUGCAUGUACACAGUGCUUUCAGCUGGUGCACCUAAGCUGGAGGAGAUAAACGGGCACCAUUUUGGAAUAGAGAGUAGUGAACAUCCAUCUGAGGAAAUGUGCAAUUUACUGGGAACUCUUUGCUGUUGUCUUCAGCAUGCUAGAAUUGGGGGCAUUGAAAUGUAUGGUUUGUAAUUUUUUGUUUUUCUUUAUAAAAGCACUGUAUAGAUCUUUUUAGCAUAUGUUAGAGGAGUACAGUGCUGUAAAUGUGUAAAUUUCUUGAAGUUUUAAUAAAUUUAUGUUACAAAAUGGUUUAAAUAUUAUAGGUAAAAAAAAAAGUUAUAGAGAUCUAUAUUCACCUUAAUUGUGUUGCAAACUUUCCCCCAUAAUUCACUGUGCAUCAAUCUUUAAAUACAUUUACUUUCUUUAUUAAAUCCAUUGCUACAUUAUGGGUUGAAGUCAUCCAUAUUAAUAUUAGGAUUAUUAAUAUCUCAUCGUUAUAUUAGUUUAUCCGGAUUUCAAUAUGUACUUUUGCCAAUAUCCAGUAUUUUGAAUUUUAAAGUAUAUUUACUUUAGUGUUUUAUGAUGCUGAUGACAAAAGCGAUGUCAUGUAAUGUUAUGAGGGUUCUAAGUUGUUAAAUAUUGCUGCAUUAAUUUAGUCUUUCUUUUUGAUGCAUUGUAAUCAUGCAAAUGUCUUUUAUAUAUAGACCAGUGUAUAUAAUAUUAAUAACUGUUGUGCUUUGGUUUUAAGAAAUCAUUAAAAUCUGGUAAACGUUUUAUGGAGAUUUUAAACAUGGAUUAAAAAUGUUUUAAAGAUUAAAAAUGUUAGACCUUGAUGACAAAUUAUUUCUCGAAACCGAAUUUAUAUAGUUAUAAUAGUUACAUUUAAAAAGUUUGACGAAAAAAAGAGAAUUCCUUUUGAGUCAUCAGGUUUAUUUUUUCAAUAAUUUUUAACAGAAAAUAAUAAUAUAUUAAAAAUAUUCCAAAAAAAGUCUCCUAAUCUAUGGACCUUAAUAAUUAUUUUAUAUGACUUAAAAAGAGAGAGAACCACAGAAUAAUUAUUUGUUUGUACCCU